GACCAAACCCCAUCAGAAAGGUCUCCCAUAACGCGUGGGCCUCGGCGAGGCGAUCGCACGGGCACGGGCCGCCGGCCGCGGCGCGGCCCCGCCCCCCUUUUAUAUCACGGCGCCGGCGCCACAGGAAAGGCGAGGCGCGGAGGAGUGGUGGCAGCUUUCAGAGAAUCCAGAGCGAGCGAUAAGCGGAGGGGGAAUCCGGGAGAAGAGAGGCAGGAAGGAAGGGCGUCCACCGACCGGGCUCCCCGCUGCUGCUCCCAUGGGGAACUGCCUCGGCUCGGAGGAAGCCGAAUUGGAGCUCGAUAAGAGCGCCGGCCGCCAUGGGCAGCCCCACGCGGCACCUGCGCGGGCGGUCCCCAUGGCGCCACCAGAGCAGCCGGGCCCUUCCAUGAGCACGAGCUCGUCGGGGCACCCCAGCAGCAGGUCCCCGGGCUCGUCCAUGAGCAGCGCCGCGACCACCCGGAGCGGCGGCGGCAGCAGCGGCAGCUGCAGCAGCAGCAGCCUGGCGGCGGUGGCGGCGUCCCCGGAGGGCCGCAUCCUGGAGGCGCCCAACCUCCGCGUGUUCACCUUCGCGGAGCUGCGGGCCGCGACGCGCAACUUCAAGCUCGACACGGUGCUCGGCGAGGGCGGGUUCGGGCGCGUGUACAAGGGCUGGGUCGACGAGAAGACCAUGAACCCCACGCGCUCCGGCAUCGGCAUGGUCGUCGCCGUCAAGAAGCUCAACCCCGAGAGCGUGCAGGGCCUCCAGGAGUGGCAGUCGGAGGUGAACUUUCUCGGGAGGCUGUCGCAUCCCAACCUGGUGAAGCUGCUGGGCUACUGCGUGGAGGAUCGGGAGCUGCUGCUCGUCUACGAGUUCAUGCCCAAGGGCAGCCUGGAGAAUCAUCUCUUCAGAAAGGGUGGAUCCUUCGAACCGAUUCCCUGGAACCUCAGGCUCCGGAUUGCCAUCGGCGCGGCCCGUGGCCUCGCCUUCCUCCACACGUCGGAGAAGCAAAUCAUCUACCGGGACUUCAAGGCCUCAAACAUCCUCCUCGACACGCACUACAACGCCAAGCUCUCGGAUUUCGGCCUCGCCAAGAACGGCCCCACCGGCGGCGACAGCCACGUCACCACGCGCGUGAUGGGCACCUACGGCUACGCUGCCCCGGAGUACGUCGCCACAGGGCACCUGUACGUGAAGAGCGACGUGUACGGCUUCGGUGUGGUGCUGCUGGAGCUGCUGACGGGCCUGCGCGCACUGGACACGGGCCGGCCCGCGCAGCAGCACAACCUCGUGGACUGGGCCAAGCCGUACCUGGCCGACCGGCGGAAGCUGGCCCGCCUGGUCGACCCGCGGCUCGAGGGCCAGUACCCGUCCAAGGCCGCGCUGCAGGCGGCCCAGCUCACGCUGCGCUGCCUCGAGGGGGACCCCAGGAGCCGGCCCUCCAUGGCCGAGGUCGUGGCGGCGCUCGAGGAGAUCGAGCAGAUCAGGGCGCGGCCGCGGGAGGAGCGGCGGCGGGAGCGGGACGAGGCGGCGGCGCACGGGCACCACCGCUCGUCGCGCCCCAGGUCCGGGUCCGGCCGGCCGGGGAGCAGCCACCACCAGUCUCCGAGGUAGCGCACGGCGUUUGCGCAGUGCUUAGGCGGUUAGGCCGUCGCUUUUGCUGCAGAUCUUGGUUGUUUCUGCAGGGAGCGGGUUGGGGAUGAAGGCCAGAUGGGCCUUGUAUGUCAAUUUGAUCGUAUAUGGCCCAAAUGUUGGCUAGUACAGUAGGUUCAGGAAUCAGGAGGAUGUUUUUUUUCCUUUCAAUCUUCUCUGGUUUUCCUAGAUUUUCUUGUAAACGAGGCCGGCGCAGGUAUCUCGGAGACUCAGAGGUGUGCGUUACACGACCGGCGGCGGCGGCAGUAGAGUUUCUGGAACAAACCGUUUCAUCGUGCGGCUUACUCCCUCCGUCCUAUAAUAAGUGAUGUUCUAAAGUUCAAAAUU